AUAACAAGAUGGGUCGACCCAGAUUAUUUCUCGUCCAUUGCUAAAAGAUCUUGAAGCCGGCUGUGGACGACUCUCUACCACUCCAAUCCAAUCAAAUCCACUCCGAUCCCAAAUUUCUUAAAUCUCAAAAGUCAAAAAAUAGAAAGAAUAAGGAUGGUGAGUAAAACAGAGGAAUCACAGUUACAACAACUUGAGAAUCAAGUUGAAAACGGUGGUGGUGGUGCUUGGGAAUAUCUUUCUCUUGUUCGUAAGCUAAAACUACGUCGUUCUGAUAAGGUCCUAAAACAUGGUUUAACUAUCUUGAAUGAUUCCAAGAAAAGAUCCGAUCUUGGCCCAGAUGAAUGGACUCUAUAUGAGCAGGUAGCUAUUGCUGCUCUUGACUGCCAAUCCCUUGAAGUUGCAAAGGAUUGCAUAAAGGCUUUACAGAAGAAGUUUCCAGAAAGCAAGCGAGUUGGUAGACUAGAAGCCAUGUUGCUUGAAGCAAAGGGCUCUUGGACCGAGGCCGAGAAAGCUUAUUCUAGCCUUUUAGAGGAGAACCCCGUUGAUCAAGUUAUUAGCAUGAGGAGGGUAGCCAUGGCAAAGGCACGGGGGGAUAUAUUAGGAGCCAUUGACUGGCUCAAUAAAUAUCUUGAGAUAUUCAUGGCAGAUCAUGAUGGCUGGAGAGAACUCGCUGAAAUAUAUGUUUCAUUGCAAAUGUAUAAACAAGCAGCGUUCUGUUAUGAGGAACUAAUUUUAUCUCAACCUAUGAUACCUCUGCAUCACCUGGCUUAUGCUGAUGUGCUUUACACAAUUGGUGGACUGGAAAACCUUCAGACAGCUAAGAAAUAUUAUGCCUCCACCAUAGAAUUAACAGGAGGGAAAAACACCCGAGCACUAUAUGGAAUUUGCUUGUGCACAUCUGCAAUUGCACAGCUGACUAAAGGAAGGAACAAUGAGGACAAAGAUAUCUCGGCGCUGGCAGCUGCAGCAUUGGAAAAGGAUUACAAGCAGAUUUCUCCUGACAAAGUUUCUUUGCUCAGGUCUACUCUAAACAGCUUGAAACUUCAAUAGCUUAGCUGAAUUUCUUGCAGCAGGCUGAGUUAAUUCCAGUUUGAAUUUUAACCAUUCAAACAUAUACAUGUUACGGGUGUGUCACAUUUUGAUAUUUUAUUUUUCCUGGUUUAGUGUUUGUUUGAAUUUAGUUUGGAUUGAUGGUAAUAAUAGACAACAAAGCAAAGUUUUGACUCGACUUUUUAUCAAUGAUGGUAAAUCUGGGUGUGUCAUCCAGACACCCUCAGCUGUGAACACAUUAUUUAUUUACUUUUUAUUAUCGGAUUCAAUGUGAUAUCGAGUUUAAAAUCCUCACAACAAA